UGGAUGCUUGGGUCUGUAGACCCCAAACUGACUUGGCACACGGAGCUGGCUAUCAUGUUGAUAGUUGUUCAAAAAUGAGUAUGAAAUCGCCCUUGGCCAGUGUUGAUAGCACGGCCAGGGAUGUCAAACUGAAAAUUGGAAAUAGAUGUUUGGCUACUCCCCCGAUACAUUGAGUAGAUAGAUACGUAGCCAGGGCGCCCUCACCAAAAACUGACGUCAUCUGCAUUGUCGUAAGUGAAUUUUCUUCCUUACAUCCUAUGAUUAUGGCUUCCAUAAUUUUGUUAGCUUGCAUAUUGAAUUUUUAUUCUGAUGCAUUUCCUUAGCCCUCCAUUUCCUUCCCAGCCUUUUAACUGGUAAUUUUGUUUGCUCAGGGACCGUAGCACAAGAAACCACCUCGUGAUGAAACAGUGCUUCUCCCAUGAAUGCGCAGUCGUUUGAGCAUGAGGCAAUGUGGCCCGCACUACAGAGAACAGCCAGGCCUGAAGGUCUGGGACUACCGUCCACCGUUCCUAUCACCAGUUAGCUCAGUGUUAAAUUUCUUGCCAAGUAAGAGGAAGGGGAAGAUUUGGACAUACGCGACGGGAACCAAAUCCAGGCAAGCAGAAGGCCCCUAACCCUUGUAUUCCCUCCAACAAGGACCAUUAGCACAAAUCCUUCCUUAAGACUGCUUUCCUGAUUAAAGAUGGUUGUAAUCCCUUGGAGUUACAGUGGCAUUACAUGUGCCUACACCAGAAGCCAUAUUUCUUUCUGUGCGGUGUGGUCAACUGGUCCUGUGAAAGGCAAGCCACUGAGAUGCGGUUGACUGUACUCAGAAUUUGGAUGGAUGAGGUUGUGUGGCUUGACUCCUUGGAGUCUUUAAUCCUUCCAGAAAGAAAAUCUUUUGUGUUUCCCUUGAGUGACCACCAUUCCGAUCUUUUCUGAGUUGUGUAAGAAUGUAGACUCUCUGGGUGACCCACUCUCCUGAACCUGCAAGAGCCAUCUCUUUACAGGAAGCCAACAUAAAAUGACCCAGUUCCGAUCAACUGUGGAAGGAGAGCCUGUGGUGUCCUGAAAGACCCUUAGCCUAAAAUCAGGCUCAGGGUCAGGUCAGCGUGAUGGCCUCCCCGACCUCACCCCCUCCAGAGACUUCCUCCUCCACAGAUACUGCCGUAGAAGGACAGGCAAGGGCAGUGUGAUCACAUUCUCUUAGAGUAGUUCAAGGCUACACUCUCCGGAGCUAGAGAGAUUUCCAGAUCUACUGAGCCCGAAUCCCAUUUUAAUCCCAAUCAAAUCAGAUUUUAAUUGCUUUUUCCAAUUGAAUAUUUUUCCUUCAGGAAAUUGACACACAUCACAGAAACACAAGUACAUUCGUCUACGUGGCUGUUUUUGUUCUAGUAAAUGUUUGGGGUUUGGUGGAGCUGAAAGGGGACACGUAAGAACAUUUGUUUUGAUGACCAACGGUUUUUAAGACAGAUGCUUUAUGGUGAAACACAAGUUACCUAGGUGGCUAAUGACCAGGGUUUUAAGAAGGGUCUGGGCAGACAUUCAUUGUGUCACCCUCCUAAGUUUUCCCAUUUGCUGGGCCCACUCCUAGAACACGAGUGAUCGAAUUGUGGGAACGUUUGUAAAACACGGAUGAAACACAGAAAUUGGCCUAGGUGAAGUGAACUAAGUUUUGAAAAAAAUCACCAGGAAUUAGGGUAGGUACACAAAAACAUCUUGGGAAAAUUGAAAGAUCAAAACCUGGUCGCUAAAUAUAACCUACUGGUGUCCCCUUCUUAUAUUUAUGGAGGAAAAUAAGAGAGUGAUUUGCCAGUGUCCUUUGAAGGUAGAAACUACUGUUCUCCUGAAUUAUGGCCAGAGCAUAUCCCUUAUUUGCUUUAUCGUAGGCACCAUAUAUAGGCUGCUGUUAGCAAUGUUGAUUUUUAACAUCUAAAUGGCUCCCAAGCCGACGUAGAUCUAAGCAAGUGAGGAUUUAGGUAAAGCCAGCAGCAGCUUAUUAUUAAUGCACUAUGCUGAAAAGCUCUAGCUUGCCGUUGCUAAAGACGAGAGCCCUGGGGAAAAUGACAGCUCAUUUUGGAAGCUAAUAUUAGACAUGCUACCACUCCUGAGGCCAGGCUAGUGAGCUGCUCAUUCAGCUCAGGGAUGACCUUGCACGCAGCCUUGGCAGGACUAGAGAUUCAGGAAAAAGGGCCAUGGACAUUACACCACAGCUUGCCAUUCUCAUCCGUGACCACCAUGGAACCAUCAUGAUCUGUGAACAGUGAUGGCAUGGACCAUGGUCUUAGGUUCCUCCACAUUGCCAAGGUCAUCAUGGAGAACCUUAGCCAGGAGGGCCAACCCCUCAGUCUGUAGAUGGCAUUGCUGACAAUCUUAAAGGAGUUGUCAUUGCCACAGCUCUCUCCCUUUCUGAGCAUUGUGACAUCAGCACAAGGGGUCAAGAUGAUAAUCCUUUGUCUUUACCUUUCAAGUGAGCACCGGCCUUGUCUAAGAUGCUGAAGAUAUCAGUGGGCUCUGUGAGUUGGUGAUGUAUAUUGGCCAGAUGGCCAAGGACAUCCUGAAGUGGCCCCGCCCCUUCUCCCCUCCUGUCGUGAAACUGGAGAAGAGAGUGAUUGCUGAGUAUGGAAUGCCAUCUACCCACGCCAUGGCGGCCACCACCAUUUCCUUCACCCUCCUCAUCUCUACGAUGGACAGAUACCAGUAUCCCUUUGUUCUGGGGUUGCUGACGGCUGUGGUGUUUUCCACCUUGGUGUGUCUCAGCAGAGUCUACACUGGGAUGCACACGGUCCUGGAUGUGCUGGGUGGCAUCCUGGUCACCGCGGUCCUCAUUGUCCUCACCUACCCCGCCUGGACCCUUAUCGAUCGCCUGGACUCGGCCAGCCCCCUCUUCCCCGUCUGUGUCAUCGUGGUGCCGUUCUUCCUGUGUUACAACUACCCCGUGUCCGACUGCUACAGCCCAACCCGAGCGGACACCACAACCAUCCUGGCCGCGGGGGCGGGCGUGACCUUAGGGUUCUGGAUCAACCACUUCUUCCAGCUCGUGUCGGCGCCCGGCGAGUCCCUCCCUGUCAUUCAGAACAUCCCGCCGCUCACCACCGACAUGGUAGUUUUGGGUCUGACCAAAUUCGUCGUGGGAAUCGUGCUGAUCCUUCUGGUCCGCCAGCUCGUACAGAAUCUCUCGCUGCAAGUGCUAUACUCGUGGUUCAAGGUGGUCACCAGGAACAAGGAGGCCAGGCGGAGACUAGAGAUCGAAGUGCCUUACAAGUUCGUCACCUACACAUCUGUGGGCAUCUGCGCCACAACCUUUGUGCCAAUGCUGCACAGGUUUUUGGGAUUGCUCUGAACCUCAAAUGGUUGGGAAGUAGCCCACUGGGCAGGAGAGCCAAAACAGGAGAGUAGUUGGGUGGGCAAGUUUCGAGCAUACGUUUUUCUUAAAAAAAAAAAAAAAAAAAUCCCGAGUCCCAUGUUUCUUUUGCUGAUGUCUGAGAUAAAUAUCGCUGCUGCAGGUGAAGCCAGGCUAAACCCAUGGUCCAUUCUUUAAGGGUCCCCCCACCCCAGGGACCCUGGACCUAGUCGUGGGCUGGCAGGAAUCGUGGCCUGGCUUGGGAGAUCCGAAAGAGACAGGCGUGAUCGGAGAGGCUGGAGGUCAGGCGUCUCUCUUCAGUUAUGACCUUGCCCAUCACUGAGUCUCGGGUCCAAACUUGGUUGGUCCAGAGAAGGGGUGUCACCGUGUAGGACCGCAGUCCUGGGACAGGGUGACUUUGCUGUUGUGAUCACGCUAGACUGUGCCCGCUUGGGUGGCAAGGGCGCUGCGGACCUCCCCGUGGAGCGAUAAAGAGGCGGGGGCAACGCUGGGAGAUGGUGGGCGAGAGCCUGUGUUCCUCCUGAGUCCCGCUCUCUGUGGGUGCACGUAUUCAAAGAGCAUCGCUCCUCCUCGUCCGUGCGUUUUGCAGAAUUCCAGGUAGCAUUUCUACACUCUUCGGAUCCAGGAAACCUGGAUCCCACCUCACUUCAUCCAGGCUUCUCAGAGUGUCCCGCUCUCUCCUGCUUCCCAGGGACUUGGGACCAGCACUCUGCCCAUCUGUAGGUGGUUUUUUUUUUUUUUUUUUGGCUUCCUUACCAACUGGUGAGGCCCUGUCAGCUGCCUGUGAAAGUGGAUCACUAGAACAGAUGAACUUAAUCCCUCCUGGGGCCUGACAAGGGGGGACUGGGCCUUCGGGGCCUCCGGGGACAUCACUCCUCCAUUUCUCAUCUACUUUGUGUAAACCUAUUUUCUCACCUACUAAGUAGAAUCGGGGCUCCCUCCAUCUUCCCACCUCUUGUCUCUCGGCAGUUUUUAAGGGUAGUUAAGGCAGGAACAGGGUCGGCCUCUCUUGGGAAAACAACAUGACCGAACACAACACACCCUUUAAGCCUGUGCGUGUCCUCAUUAGACUUAGGCGGGGAUCUUAUGCAAACACCAGCAGCUUCUCUGCAGGCUUCUCUUCGGUUCUUAAGAAUUAGGAAUAAGCAGGGGUGCCUGGUGGCUCAGUCGGUUAAGCGUCCGACUUCGGCUCAGGUCACGAUCUCGCGGUUCGUGAGUUCGAGCCCCACGUCGGGCUCUGUGCUCACAGCCUGGAGCCUGCCUCGGAUUCUGUGUCUCCCUCCCUCCCUCCCUGCCCCUUCCCCAGCUCACACCCUGUCUCUCUCUGUCUCAAAAAGGAAAUCAACGUUAAAAAAAAUUUUUUUUAAAGAAUAAGGAACAAGCAUCCACAAUUUCCUGAAAAGUUAGCGUAGAUGCAUAGCUGAGGAAAUAUCUUUCUCACUAUGGUACCCAAACCACUGAAAUCAAUGACUUGUGAUCCCAACAUGCCAUCUCCAUACACAUUCUUUGGGGAACAGUUAGCCUGCCUUGAACGUUAGGCUCUUAACCUCUGCCCCCAGUGCGAAAACCUCAAGCCCCAUUUGUCCCGAUUGCAAACAUCUCCCCUGGCCUUUCUGUUGGGAUGACCUUUGCUGUCUGGCUUAGCGCUCCUGUCUAUUAAGAAGGACUUUUUUUUAGGAAAACGUUUGGCUUCUCCUUGAAAUUCUGACAUUUUCCAUAGUUAGAAGGCUGGGUUCGAAAUGACCUGCCGUUUGUUCUUACAGCAAACUCUGACCAGUAUUCGUGGUACCAUGAUGGGGGGGAAAUGGGAAAGAAAAGGGGGGCCCCAACUUACGGGCCAGCCCCACCAGUGCAGUGGAGGAGGCAAGUCCCUGCAGCCCUGGAUAAUACUUAUGCCAAAUGAUUUUAGUUGAUUGUUCUGGAGCCAGUCAGCAAAAGGAUCAGGUCUUUCCACUUGUAUCUUUUGAAAGGAGAGGCCAUAAUGGUUGUCGCGGCAGUGGGUGCUGCCACUUCACUCAAGUGUGUACGUGUAAUUUUUCAUGCUGUCCUUUUAAGUCCCGACAAUAGGACAGCAAUCCGCCGUAUUAAUGCAUUUGAGGCUGUAUUUACACAAUUGGACUGAGGAUGAAUAUGGUGGCUGUAGCCCAUUAAAUAAUGACCCAAGGGCUUGUCAUGGUUGGUCACUUUUUGAAGUAUCUUGUUUUGCAGCUGGAGAAUAAAAAGUAUGCUGGGGCGCCUGGGUGGCUCAGUCGGUUGGGCGUCCGACUUCGGCUCAGGUCAUGAUCUCGCAGGCUGUGAGUUCGAGCCCCACGUCGGGCUCUGUGCUGACAGCUCGGAGCCUGGAGCCUGCUUCAGAUUCUGUCUCCCUCUCUCUCUGCCCCUCCCCUGCUCAUGGUCUGUCUCUCUCUGUCUCUCAAAAAUAAAAACAUUUAAUAAAAAUUUUUUUUAAAAAGUAUGUAUAUUGGUGAAGACAAUUUUAGUUUUUGAGCUCUUCUGCUCUGUGGCCUGGAAUCCGGCAGAAACGGAUUGGAAAAGUCACUACCUGCUUCCUCCUCUUGCUGGCCUUCGUCACUCAUCUGACCCCCUCCCAGGCGGCUGUCUCACACACCCCACGCGUGCCCCUUCAAAGAGCAGGCCCUAUGGCUCCUUGGAGACAUUUGGAUUUUCUCUCUGGGGAAAGACUGCCCCCUGCUGGAAUCGCCUCAGCGGUGGCCCAGAGCACCUCUCCUUCAGGCGACUUGGGGAUUUGAAAGUCAAGCUCAUCGUGAUGUAUCCAACAUAGGCUUAGGACCUGUGGUCGGGCCAACCCUGCCUUUGGAAACCGUGACGCCAGAGUCCUCAGGACUCCUGGCACCUCUGGGAGGCAAGCAGAACAUGUCUCCUUUCUAACCGUCCUCGGCCUGCCCCCAGCCCACUACCAUUCCGGGCCGGGACCUCCAACCUGUACUGUCAUCCUAAACAGCUGUCACUCCAGGCUGAUUUUGCUCAGACCUGCCCCACAGCAUUAUGCAGAAGGAAACACAGAAGGGACCUUGAACUCAAAACCCGUGAAUGGCCGUGGCCGAAAUCACUCUACAACAGGCCUGAUGGCCGCACUGGUAACAUGGGAUUUUCUAGUCCGCGUCGGCAACUUGGGCUUCUUGAGUGUAAUCAAAGCAUGUGGUGUUUCGGGGCCAUAUGCUCCGGGUUUCUAUUUUGGAAGGUUUCAGAUGUCUUGCUCAUGUAGUGUAUGUAAAUUUAUUCUUUUUAAAAUAAAAUCAUUUUUGGUUUGCUUAUGA